AUGGUCAAUAUACGAGUAGAAACAAGAUUUUUUGGAAUCGUAUACCAGAAGACCUUUCCGACGGAAUUACAGAACCAUGUGAGUGAAAGAAUACAGAUUACCGCCGAAAGAGACUGGGUUGAUGUUGAAGUCUUCAUGCCUCAAGACGAAUUUUAUGCAAAAGUAGACGCUUUGAACAAACCAUUAAGAAAAACCAGCUUCCGACUUGCUGCGCUUGGUUUUGCAGAACUUAUUUUGUCUGGGGCAUUUUUCUUUAUUUUGGGGCAAAACCUUAGCGGACACAUCCCAGACACUGUGUUGUAUAUUGCAAUAGCCAUGUACCUCUUGACGCAAUUUGUAACUUCCUACAUAAUAAUAAUUUUGUGUUCACAAACAGAGAAAGAGAGGAAGCGCAUUGUAAGCGAAUUUAACGCUAGCAAUAAACAGCGAGAUAUUAAAUGGAAAUGUAUCAGAAAGCCGUUUUGGCCGUUCUGCGUCAAACAGUCGUCCAUUAUCAUCGAAAUCGACGCUUCC